UUCACCUUUUUCACUUUAGCUAUCUAGAGCUAGCUACACUGCUAGCUUUGAUCAACCGAACACUAAGGCUAGCCACCUAGUUACUGACAUCAUCCACCUUCAUUUGCGAUAAUGAGACCCAAUUCGCAUCUAUAUUGCCUAUAUAGUAACAAACCAACUAACUAACCUGCUAAGCAUUUAAGUAAUGUUAUAGUUUAGGUUAACUUGGAAAUAUCGUUGAAUAACAAACUGAUCAUCAUAGCUAGUAGCUAACAACCUGGUGAUAAUCUGGAAGAUGAAUGGCGAUUUGGCGCGAGGUUCGGGAGCUCAAAAUGUGCCGGAGUGGAGAGUUAAGAAAUCCAAACUAGCCUUGGCCGUUGCUGUAAUUAAAAGUAAGCCUCCGGGGAAAAGUGGUAGGCUGCAUGCUGAAGAUUUAGCCGUCAAACUCAGGAGCCAGGAUGAGGCAUGGAGAACUAAAGCCCAGGGGCUGCAAGAGGAAGUGCUUCGACUGCGGCAAGAACUACUUCUCACCAAGUUGCUUUCCAAGCCAAGCAAGCCACAGAAUGAAGCUGGAGAUGGAUUCAUGGAUGUAUUCUCUCAGGACCUUAUGGGCUCAUUCAACUACCAGCUCAACUCAGACAUGGACUCUGGCUGUGGGACGGAAAACAGCACAGAGGCUCUACUGCCCACUCGAAGCUGCACCGACACCAGCGUACGACAGUUCUUACCACCAGCUGUGUCAGGCCCUCAGCUCCCAUCCUUCACCCCCUCUGAGGGUUUCCCACAGGGGAAGUCUCUACUACUUCACAUGCACUUCCUCCAGAGUGUGUGUGCCCUCCGGAGAGUGGGCUGUGAGGACGGUGUCAAUGCUGCAGAGCUCAGUGCCAGUGACAGUUCGGUGGUAGGAGAUUCUGUGUGCCAGCUGCUCUCCAGUGUGGUUGGCAUCUGCCGGGGCUCCCUGCCCCCGCCUCCUCUCCUCCGCCAGGCAGCUUGCGUGGCGGCCCAGGCGAUGGAGUACUGGAACCCCCCGAGAAGGCCCCCAGGGCCGGUCGUCAUACAGGGGGAGGACGCCCUUAAAGAGCUUGUUGGUGUGUUACUGGACAACGAUCAGCUCAACAGGAGCCAGGUCCAGGAGACACUGACGGGCUGUCUGAUCCUCCUGGGACGGAGUAGUCUGUCGAAGUCCUUACUCAUCCGUCAUGUCCUAUCUGAGAUCGACCGUGUGGCAGACCACCUCUGCCACACCUGCCAGGGAGAGAUCGACGGGCCUGAGACAUUUGAUGUGGCCCUGUAUGAGAACUCCUUCUACCUGUUCUGGAUCCUGGAGCAGCUGCUGCAGGGGGGGCCGACACCCAGGGGGGCCGAGGGGGCCGGGGGGAGCAGCCAGCUCUGGACCCCAGAACAGAAGACCGUGUUGGGGCACCUGGAGAACCGUGUCCUGCUUCUGUCCGAUGAGUUUCCUCUGUUCGCCCUGUACCUCUGGAGGUUAAGAGCUCUCCUCCCCCCCUCCGACACCGCCACCACCUGAGCCCCAUGUUCCUAGAGCCUGCAAGCAAGCACACCACACUCAUGCAAAUCCUGCACUAUGCGUUCCACCUCAAAGGGUAGGGCUGUUUCUUGAACCACCUGGCUCUUCCUGGAGUCAGAGGCUAAACAAGAUUUCAGAAUGAGUACGCUGCAUGCUUUAUUAAUUGACUUAUCUCUGAACUAUAUCAAAAUAGUGUCACGGUUCACUCAAAUCCAGGAGAGACCUAGAACCCACUGUUAUGUUAACUGUUAUGCUAAGUGUGGCAGUGUUCAAUGGACCUCGGUGACAACGUUAGGAUCUACGGAGAGAGCGUCGCAUUUUUUAUUAAUUUGUAUACAUGGGGAAGUGAAUGUAUGUGCAUAACCCCUCCCCCAGAGAAUUCAGGCUCAUUACUGUCAGGGAUCCACUUGGUUAAUAAUUUACAGUUUCAUUUGUUAAUGCCAUUAGCAGGAUGUUGUGGAUUAGAAAAAGGGAAAUAAAGCUGCAACCUAA